AUGUGAGAGUGUCCGGCACUAACCAACAUGGCUGCCUCCUGAUUACACGUGUAGAAAUUCAGAGCAGAAAGAUAGGAAGCUUUUUCAAACACUGUACUGAUCAAAUUCACGAUAUUGAAAUACACCGAAUCAACUUCACGACAUCUUAUUUAUAUAUAUAUAUCUAUCUUUUCGCAUAGACCAAGAAAAUGCAGCACGACGAUGUCAUCUGGGAUAUCGUUGGAAACAGACAGUUCUGCUCGUUCAAAGUCAAAACAAAAAAUCAGAACUUUUGUCGGAAUGAAUACAACAUCACAGGCCUGUGUAACCGAUCAUCGUGUCCCCUGGCUAACAGCCAGUAUGCCACAAUCAAAGAGGAGAAAGGCCAGUGCUUCUUAUAUAUGAAGGUCAUAGAAAGAGCUGCUUUUCCAGCCAGAAUGUGGGAAAGGGUAAAGCUGAGCAAGAAUUACGAGAAGGCUUUGGAACAGAUAGAUAUAAAUCUCAUCUACUGGCCUCGCUUCCUCAGACACAAGUGUAAACAGCGCUUCACCAAGAUCACACAGUACCUCAUCCGAAUCCGCAAGCUCACCCUGAAACGACAGAGAAAAAUUGUUCCUCUGAGCAGGAAAGUGGAAAGAAGAGAGAAAAGAAGAGAGGAAAAGGCUCUUAUUGCAGCUCAGCUGGACAAUGCGAUUGAGAAGGAACUGCUUGAGCGAUUGAAACAGGGCACGUAUGGAGAUAUCUACAAUUUCCCAAGCCAUGCAUUCGACAAGGCCUUGGAGCAGCAGGACGCAGACAUUGAAACAGAUUCAUCUGAGGAAGAAGAGGAGGAGGAUGAUGAGGAUGUUGGGCAGAGGGAGUUUGUGGAAGAUGACGAUGUAGAUGAGAGCGACCUAAGUGACUUUGAGGAAAUGAAUAAACUGAAGGGCAGCAGUGAUGAAGAGGAGGAGAAAUCCAGCGAUGAGGAGUCUGAAAUGGAGAUUGCGAGCGAGGAGGAAGUGGAGACGGAGGGCGAGUCUGCAAAGGGCAAGAAGUCCAAGGGCAAGGCGCCUCUGAAAGGAGGGAUCAGGAAGAAGCGAGCGUACGUGGAGAUCGAAUAUGAGCAAGAGACUGAACCGCCCGCCAAAGAGAAAGCUUCAUAAUGCACUGUGUGCACAUCCUGUCCUGUGUAUCCAGUCACACUGCCUCCCGGACCCACAGGAUAUCACUGGGCUCUUAGACUCCAUGGUAGAAUGACAUCAUACUCAUUUAAUAAUGCGGCCAGCCUCUGCUUUUUUUUCAUUUGGUAUUCAAGCCCUUUUAUAAUUUUUGUUCUGUCGACACAGUACCAGUAUGAAAACUUUCAGAGUGGGCUGAAGCUGUUUAGUUGCAUGUAUUAUUUACAUGUCGACCUUGAAAAAAAAACUUGGCGUUUCUUUUGCUAAAUCUUAGCAAUAACAAUUAUUGUGCAAUGUCUAUUUUUGCUGAUUGCUUCAUUUAAGAUGUUAUUAACAACCAAGUUAUUUUCCAAAACCAUAGCAGUUAAAAAAAAAAAAAAAUUGCAAUAAGGUGCUACAGAUGUGUUCAGGUUCACACUGAGCUCGUUAUUUCAGUACUGGUUUUCUGUCUUCGGUUCCCCAGCAUGUGGAAGGCUCCCUGUUUCCGAAGGUGACUAAAUAAAACACACUUCUUUAUCUGAAAAUAUUUUGGUAUAUUCAUACAUCCCACUCAUAAUUGGGAUCCCAUAUUGUGAAAAGUGAACAGUCAUAUAUUUUCAUUUAUCCAAAACAUUCUGUUUUUGUAACCCUAAAAUAAGUUGGACUGGUUAGUUCAUUUUUGCAUGCGGGUGUCCGAGUAAAUGAAACAGAGCUGAUGUGAAUUUUCCUGUUAACAUGAAUGAUUGAUUUUUGGAAACAAUUGAUAAA